AACAACCGUAAUUCCCCCCCGUAUAAAUACUGACGAAAGAAGGGACUGGAAACAUAAUGGAGGCCGUUCCGCGGAUGCCCAUGAUCUGGUUUGAGCUCAAAGAGGCGAAGGAGUUUGACUUCAGACCGACAGUCUGUCAGUACAUUCUAAAGAACUAUGGCGAGGAUCCAGAAAACUACAGUGAAGCCCUGAGGAGACUGGAGCAGCUCAGACAGAGUGUUGCACAUGUCUCGCUGGACUUUGAGGGCUGCAGUACACUGAAGAAAUACUUUGGACAGCUUCACUUUUUACAAAGUCGUGUUCCCAUGGCGGCUGGACAGGCAGCAGCUGUGCCUGUGACCUGGAUAGACCUUUUCUCUGGGAAGUCUGUUACCCAUGAAAACAUCAGCUAUGAGCAGGCUUGUGUCCUCUAUAAUCUAGGUGCCCUUCACUCAUACCUUGGAGCGAUGGAUAACAGAACAUCAGAAGAGGGAAUGAAAGUGUCCUGUACACAUUUCCAGUGCUCUGCUGGGGCCUUCUCUUAUAUGAGAGAUCACUACAACCACAACUACAGCCCCGACACACAACACCAGGCCCUCAGUGUCAACAUCAGCCUAAUGCUGGCGCAGGCUCAAGAGUGUCUUUGGGAGAAAUCUCUUCUCGACAACAGGAAGAACUUUUUAAUAGCACGAAUCUCGGCUCAGGUUUGGGAUUACUAUAAGGAGUGUGUGAGGGUGCUGGACAGUUCGGAGUGUGUGUUGGGAAAGAAUCAGAAGGAGUGGACGAAGCUCAUUACAAUGAAGAUGAAUUACUUCAGUGCCAUCACACACCUCCACAUGGGAAAACUAUCAGAGGAACAACAGAAGUUUGGAGAAGCUGUGGCUUAUUUUCAGAGUUCUCUGGAUAAACUGAAUGAGGCCAUCAGACUGAGCAAGGGUCAGCCGGACUCUGUGCAAGAAGCUCUCAGGUUUACCAUGGACGUGAUUGGUGGAAAAUUUAACUCUGCCAAGAAGGACAAUGACUUUAUCUACCAUGAGCCUGUCCCAGACAGAGACACGUUCAGUGCAGUCAAAGGAGCCCCUCUGGUCAAACCCCUCCACAUAAACCCAGCCGACCCCAGCAUCACCGGGCCUGACCUCUUCUCCAAACUGGUGCCCAUAGCAACCCACGAAGCAUCCUCCCUCUACAGUGAAGAGAAGGCCAAACUGCUGCGUCAGGUCAUGGCCAAGAUCGACAGCAAAAACCAGACACUGCAGCAGUUUCUGGACUCUCUGGGUGAUGCUCCGGUGGAUGAUGUGGAGAAGUUCAGCUCCGUCCCUGAUGUUUUACUGGAGAAAUGUGCAGCACUGAGUGUCAGACCAGACACAGUGGAGAGCCUGGUACAGGCCAUGCAAGCUCUCUCAGGUGUUUACACUGAUGCUGGAGCAUCCGUCAGGGAGGUGCAGGCUGUCCUGGAGGAGGAUGAGGCAGGUGAGAGGAGUCUGAUGGAGGUUUUAGGGGGUGUAGGUCUCCCCCCUCGGCCUCAGGCCCUGCGGGACGCUCAGAAGGAGCUGCAGAGGUAUGAGAACGCUCACCAGGCAGCGAGUCAGACCAACGCGGAGCUCCACCGGGCCAUGGAGCAACACAUCCCCAACCUGCGUCUGCUACAGGGACCUCUGGAGCAGCUUCGAAUCAGCCUGCCUCAGCCACAACUCAGUCAGGAUGACGAAGAGGCCUUGCAGCGCAUGAAGAGAAUUCUGGAUAAAGUCGACGAGAUGCAGAAACAGAGAAUCUCACUGGAGAAUCAACUCCGGGAACUUGUUCUCAAAGAUGACAUCACUGCCGUCCUUGUCACCACUGAGCGUGAUCAGAUGAAGAGGGUGUUUGAGGAGCAGAUGAAGAAAUAUGACCAGCUGACAGGGUAUAUAGACCAGAACCUCACAGCGCAAGACAAUAUCCUGAGAGCUCUGACUGAUGCCAAUGUGCAGUAUGCCCCUGUCCGCAAGAGCCUGGCUCACAGAGAACAGCAAUGGAACAGCUGUGUGCAGUCUCUGAUUGGCUCAUUUGAGGCAUUUCAGGACCUGAUGAAGAAAGCUGAGGAAGGCAGGGAGUUCUUCAAGGACCUGGAUAGGAAGACCACUUCUCUUCUGACCAGAACUAAGACCCUCUGUGCGGCCAGAGAAGAGGAGAGACUUGCCCUGCUGGAGAGGGAGAUUGGUAAGGCACCCCUUCCCAGACCGUCUACCCAGAAGCCCUUGCAGGCCCAUAAAACUCCAGAUACAGGUUCUGGCCCCUCUAGUCUGGAUGUUGUGGGUCCUUCUGUUCCUCCCUUCCCCAUGUCCGAGCACCUGCCACGGGACCUACGCAGCCUCCCACCUGACGUGAGUUUCACGGACGGGCCCAGACACCCUCACCCCACCACUCACCCUGGGCCAUUCUCAGCUGGCCCAACCCACAGUCCUCUCUCCUGGCCUCCUGGAACCACCGUGUUCGCCCCCUCCCAGCCUCCGAACCCUACAGGCCCUUUCAUGGAUUCACGGGCAGGACUAGUACCCCCUCAGGCUUCACCUGUACAACCUUUCCCCUUAAACCAGGCCACUGGCAUCCGCACCAGGCCUAGUCACCCCUCAGCUCUGCAGUGCCAGCCUGGACCUCCAGGGGGCCUCCCUCCCAUUCCACCCCAGCCAAACCCCAGGCUCGACUACCGUGCAGCUCCCUGGCAACCAGCUGCCGCCGGAGCUUUCCCAGCUGUCUCAGGGGGAUACGUCAUUCCUCCUCGGAUCGGCCAGCAGCCCCCAGGCGCUCUCAGUGCAGGUCUGCCUGUAUCACAGCCCCCAGGCGCUCUCAGUGCAGGUCUGCCUGUAUCACAGCCCCCAGGCGCUCUCAGCGCAGGUCUACCUGUAUCACAGCCCCCAGGCGCUCUCAGUGCAGGUCUACCUGUAUCACAGCCCCCAGGCGCUCUCAGCGCAGGUCUACCUGUAUCACAGCCCCCAGGCACUCUCAGUGCAGGUCUACCUGUAUCACAGCUCCCAGGCGCUCUCAGCGCAGGUCUACCUGUAUCACAGCCCCCAGGCGCUCUCAGUGCAGGUCUACCUGUAUCACAGGGUCCUGCGACAGGAGGACGGUAUCCUCCACCACCAGGACAACAGCCGCCUCCCUUCCUACCCACCUCCUCCUCUAUGCAACAGUUUGGACCACAAACCCACAGUCUGCCGAGACAAGGUGUUCACACUCUUCCUCCAGGAGCUGCUUUACCAGGGCAAGUCCCUGGUCCAGUCUCACAGUACCAACCUCCCUUCUCGACCCAGUCUGUGUACCCAUGCCCAGUGUACCAACCUGGUGUAACCCCACCAAUGCAACCCCAGCCUGGUCCUGGUUCAACACAAACACAGCCUGUGAGGGCUACUGGUCCAAAUCUAGGCAAUCUUCUAAACCAGCCCCAGCUAAACCAGCCCCAACCUUUCCAAAAUCAACCCCGGCCCCAUGUGGGGUAUGUGCCCCCUCACUUCCACGUCAUGACAUCCCACCAACUCCCCCUAGUGGCACAAACUCAUCCUCAGGUUCCACUCAGCCACCCAGGUACCUACCAGCCUAAAGGCAUGAUGCCAAGUCAGCCCCAGAUACCCCCUGGCAUUCUGCCCUCACAUGCUAAUAUGUUCCCACAAGCAUUACCAGCCCAGCCCCAGUUUCCUGCAACCUUCCAUCCCAGUCAGCCAGUUCAGUUCAAUGCCAUCUUUGACCCAGCAGGGGCAUCCUCUUACCCAAACCCAAAUCCAAACCCAGCACUCAUUAAUCAGCCUCCCCCUGCUUCUCAGAGUGUGACUCAACCCCCGUCAGGGGCACCUGUGACUGACAUCCCAAUUGCCAGUACAGAGGUACCUAAUGUUGCUCCCAUACCUCAGCCAGUGCCCCCUGACACCACACCCCCUAAUCAGACCUCCACCUCUGGGGAGGAGCCAUUGCCUUCCUUGCUGGAGAGCCAGGAUUCGGAGGCUGAUACCACCAGCGUUCAGCCCAAUGGAGUGUCACAGAUAGAGAAGCCCGUGAAUGGUGUAUCUGAUUCAUCUGUGUGUCAGGUCUCCCUGAGGGACAGGCUGGACAACCUCAGUCUUGCAUCACAGGAAGAGGCAUCCAAAAACAAGGAAGAUAAAAGCCAAGACCCCCCUUUGUUUGAGAGCAAUGUAGGUUCCCUUCAGCCAAUCAGCAGACUGCCCGAGUCCACGCUGAGCCAAUCAGAGCUGGGAAAAGGAGCGGUCCACCAACCAGAGGGCGAAAAUGGAUUGGGUGAACCUAUCCCAUCUGUGCCGGCAGCCAGCGAUACUGAGGAUACAGCUGGUAGAUGUCCCACAGCCUCAGUGGGUGGAGACACAGUGGAUGGAGACACAGUGGAUGGAGAGAGCAGAGGGUCAGACAGCACAGCCCAAAAGAGUGAUGACCAGCAGGGGGAGCCAAAGAGUGACCCAUUGAAUGACCUGGACCCACUUUGGACUUUACACAAAACCUGAAUACACUCCUGUCUCAUGCUUCACACACACACAGUCCUGUUUACACCUGACAUUCAGACAUGAUCCAGACACCGUCCUCGUUCCGACGGGAUGGUCUUUUAAGUACAGGUUUGGAAGCUAUGCUGCUGUGAGUCCGAUCGGGUCACCGUGCCGUCUAACGCCAGAGUCCGGUUUUCUGGCAUUGGGUUUGGAUUACACAGAUUGCUCUGGUUGCAUUUCUGACCUCUGACCCAAAAAUAAUCCGAAACAUGUCACUAUUCACUCUUUUAUCUGAUAGUGAUGCAGUCGACUCACAGAGACCAGGUGUAAACAGGACUGGACCCUCAGUCACACUUACUGAGUUUGCACACUGUCUACUAGUAUACGACAGCAUGAAUAACCCACAGCACACAGACACACACAUUAACACCAAAGGAUAUAGACCUGUUGGUUAUGCCUAAACACGCAACAGCCUUUAACAUACUAGCAAAUCAAGGUUUCUACAGAUCUGUAGAAUUUAUUCUCUUUCUCCCUGUCCAUCUGUGUCUCUCACUUUCCUUCUCUAUCCCUCUCCUUUAAUCAGUUCCUCUUUCUCAAAAAGCACUUUAUUCAUGUCACUGCUCUUGUCUGUUUACUCCUGUUGAUCAUGAAAGGGAUUUUUCAAAGCUUUUCUGGAUUUAUCUGUAAUGUCUAAAACCUUUAAUAUAUUGUCUGUCACACUAAUCCAUUACUUCACACAGCAUAAGGACGAUAAGUCUUUCCUUUUCAUUAAUGUCUGAAAAAAUACAGCAUUUUGGCAUCAAGCACAAAUUUCAUUCAUUAAAACAUGUUUGAUUCACAAUGUCAUCUCUAUGUGAUGUCAUGUCUAUGUGAUGUCUGUGUGUGAUGCUUUAAUGCACUAGAUCUUUGUAACUUGUUAUGGGUAAACUGGACUGUAAGCACUUUCUCUAAGGCCAGAUCUUUUU